UUUCCUUCCUUCUACUCUAAGCUCUCAUAGGCGCCUCACGGUAUUUUCCUAUCAUUUGGCUGUUGUAAUCAAUUUGGUUUUCGAUUGAAAGCAUGCACGCUCCAUCAAUAUAUUCAUUAAUCACUUGACGAUAAUAUUUUUCAGGACUUUUGGUAUCAAUCACCAUAGCUUGCUAUCACCAUGGGAAGUUCAUAGGAGUUGCUGGAACUGAUAUCAAUAUUGAAGACCUCAUGCCCGACAUCACCAAAUAUUUCAAGCAAGGAAGAACCACGUAUGCUUUCAUGAUCACUAAAUCUGGAAGGACCCUGAUCCAUCCACUCCUUCCAGCACCAGCUGACGCCUAUGGGGACCCUAUUUAUAUGGACAUAAGGAACCUUGAACGACCAGAGGCAGAUUUCAAGGAAGUCUUUGAAUCAAUGACAAACGGUACAGCAGGGUCCAAGUCAUUCCAAGCGACUCGUUAUUUACCAAAAGGAGGCGUUCUAUUGGAUGGAGUCACAGAGACGUCUAUUUAUUCAACUUACCACUGGUAUCCUGUGUCAAAGGCGGAAUUUUCUGUUAGCGUUGUAAUACCUUCUUCAUUAAAGAAUGAUGUGAUAAGACCUCUGAGUAUCCCAGAUGGUAUGUCUUACAAAUGA